CGUCCCCACGAACGCACACCCGGCCCGCCGCGAUCAUGCAGCCUCGCCUUGCCGCUCCGCUGCUGCUGCUGCUGCUGCUGCUGCUGUGCCUCUGCCUGGCCGUGCGAGCUCAGGACGACGACCUGGCGAGCAGCGUCAAAUUUCUGCAGGAGCAGCUCGGUGACCUGCUCAACCAUCGACAGCAGGACUACGACGCGCUCGAGCUCAGCCUCAAGCAGUCCAUGGAGAAGAACACCGAGCUGCUGCUGCUCAGGAACGAAGUCAAACAGAUGAGGAAAGAGUUGAAUAGCCUGCGGAACAGCGACACCUCGACCACCGCGGCCGUGAACGAACGUCUCCGCGUGCGUUGGCUGGGCAACGCAGUGACGGAGCUGAAGAACGAAGUGUCCGAGGUUCUCCGGAGCCGCAACGCCAGCGAGGAGCUGGCCGAGCGCGCGAGGGUCAAGUCCGAGUUGGAAUUGCUCCGAGCCGACGUGGCCGGCGUCGGUCGAGGUCUGCGAGAUUUCGGCGGCAGAUUGGCGAGGCUCGAGGCCGGCUUAGGGAGCGUCAGGCUCGACGUCGCAGCGGUCAAACGCAGCACGGGGCAGCUGUCUCGCAGCUGCGCCGACUUUGCCAGCCAGCUGAGCGGCGUGCAACGCAAGCUGGCCGACGCCGGAGAUGCCGAGGACGCCGAGCAAAACGAGAUCGAGCCGCCGCCGCCGCCGCCGCCGCCGUCGCGGCACCGCCGGCGGCACGCGCACUCGCGUCUGGCCCCGGCGCUGCGCCGCCUGGACGCGCGCGUGGGCCGCCUGGAGCGCGAGCGCGGCCCGGCCGAGCAACGCUUGGCGCGCCGGCUGCGCCUGCUCGAGGGCGCCGGCCGCGAGCUGCGCCAGCGGCUGCGCGCCGCCAGCGCCGAGCCCGCCGAGCUGGCCGAGCUGCGCCGCGCCGUGCGCGCCCUCGGCGCGAGCGCGUCCGCGCUGCAGCAGCGCAGCGAGCGCCAGCGCGAGGCGCUCGACCGGCUGAACGGGACGCUGCGCCGGCAAGCCGGCCUCGACGCCGGCCUCGGCCGCGCGGAGAACCUCACCAGGCAGCUGGAGCGCGUCGAGGACGAGUACCGGCGCAUGGUCGACUCGCUGCCCGGCAACUGCGAGAAGCGCGACGGCCUGACGCUGCUAGCGCCGGGCCCGGGCGCGCCGCUGCUCGCCGCCUGCCGCAAGGGCUGGAUCGUGGUCGGGCGGCGCGUCGACGGCACCGUCGACUUCGACCGCAGCUGGAACGACUACGCCGCGGGCUUCGGCUCGCCGAUCAACGAGUUCUGGGCCGGCAACGAGGCGCUGCACCGGCUCAGCAGCGACAACUGCACCAGGCUGCGCAUCGAGCUGCACGACAUCGACGGCAACUACUGGGUGGCCAACUACGAGGACUUCCGCGUGGACGACGAGCAGUCCGGCUACCGGCUGCGCGUGGGCGGCUACUCCGGUAACGCCAGCGACGCCAUGGCCUACCAGAACAACAUGCGCUUCAGCGCCAAAGAUCGCGACCUCGACAUCAGCUCCACGGACUGCGCGGCCAACUAUCACGGCGGCUGGUGGUUCAGCCACUGCCAGCACGCCAACCUCAACGGCAGGUACUCGCUCGGGCUCACCUGGUACAGGUCCGACAGCAGCAAGUGGAUGGCCGUCGCCAACACCGAGAUCUCGCUUCAGAGGAAGCAGCAGUGCCUGUAAACGGACGGCGCGCCUAUACGCCCCCCCAAAGAACCGACUUUGUGUACAAAAGUGCGCCGACCGAGUUGCCUGAUCGAGUGGAACGAACGGCCGCACCAGGCGGCUCUACACCGUAGCUUGUACAUACUUAUCCAGACCGACUGCUUGUUUCCAAGUCUGUCUUAGAAACUGUCUUGCCAAAGAUUUUACUGCGUAAUUGUCUAACGGUUAAGUUAUAAUAAUAUUAAUAAUAAUAAUAUAUAUAUAUGUAUAGUCGUCGUGUAAAUAAAUCUACGUGUGUCAUCGGUUACAAUGUCAUUGUAUUUGAUUACCAAGAUUUCUUACCCUUGUUAAGUCUACAUUGUGUACAUUCCAUUGUAUUUACAAGUCAAUCAUUAAAAAGACAUUUUAUACGAAACUAUACGUAACUUUUCAUGUUUUUUUUAUCUCUUUUAAUCCAUCGAUAA